UUUUAAAGGCCUGUGGUUAUACUAAUAUCGCAGUUCGAGUGCUUGCAAGAGUAUUCCAUUUCUAGUCUGACGGAUUAAAACGAAACAUGUCGUCUGAAGCCCAGGAAAAAAUGUCUGAUAGUGCCUCAGCCAGUUCGUCUCAUAAUCAAAAUGAAACACCGAGUGAGUCACACGUAUCUAACAACCAGCAACUGGAGCAAGCAGAAGCAGAACAUAAAUUAGGAAAAGCGUCAUGCACAGAGCAAAUUGUGGAAUUUCAACGCAAAGAGGCACAUGUUCUUGAAUUGGCUUAUGCCUAUGUAGCUGAUUAUCCGAACGUUUCAGAAAAGAUUCGCAUGGCUGCGCAUGACGCUCGUACUCAUCAGAUGACAGCAUGCGGCGUCAUGAAAAGUGUCCGAAUGACAGCCGACCACAUUCAUUACAUUAUGAUCCCGAUCGUUCUGGAAGCAAUUGAGACAAAGGAUUCAGAGCUUAUUGCUGACGCAAUUGCUCUGUCGCUUGAGUUCAUUACCGAAGUCCGACAGGAAGUCGUGGCUUUAAAGGACAGUUUUGAGAACUUCAGGGAAUUUGAGAAGGUCAAAGAAGACCUCAAGAGAGAAAUUCAAAUGGCUAAAGAAAACAAUCGGCUCGACAAGGAAAUCUUUGAACAACACAUACAAAACGAACUACACAAACGCGCUAUGGACAGAUUAGAAAAUAAAAUGGGUAUAAUGCUGGAGGAAAUCAAAAGAUCAAAAGAAAUUAGAGAACAAUUUUUGUACAAAACCUGUUGUUGA